ACUCAGAAAUUAAAAUGUGGGGUAUUUAUGGAACAUCAAGGGAAGAUGAGAAUAUUGUUAAAAUCCAGAGUACAAUAGGUUCUCAACUUGGUAACAAUAAACAGGUAAAACAAGUUGUUCAAAGAUGGCGGAGCCGGAGAAAUUGCCUUGAAACGAAUGCAUGAUUUGGCUCGCCUGGAAUAUAUCGAGGAUAGAACUAAGGCGGUGCAUGAAGGUCAUUUGGGCCUUCAAUUACAAGGUCAACAGGGCCUUCAAGCACAAGGUCAAGCAGAGGCAGAGGAGAACGCAAAAAUACAAGAUAUAGUUAAAGCUGUGAGAGUUGUAGAAACUCUGCACAAUGAUGGAGUUCGAUGGAGCCCAGAAAGUGACAAAGGGUAUGAAUUGAGAAGAAGACGACCUUACCAGACUGAAACAUCGAAAAUAAAUGUUUUGAAUGGUUCUAUCACAUGCACUACACUGGUUGAUGAUGAUAAAAUAGAUAAAGAUGAAUUAGAAACAGCUGACAUUGACCUAAUAUCAACUGAUGCAGAAUCAGCUGAAAAAUCCGCAAAAUUGAAAUCAACAGACGGUGAUAUUGCUAAACCAGACGAAACUGAUCUUGAAGAUCAACAAAUUCCAAAUCAUCUUCUUGGAAAAGGUGAAAACGGUUCCAAUUCAUCAAUUUUAAAAUCUAGCUUCGAUCUGGCAGCAAAUGCAGUUACAAAAUUGUUAAAUCAAGUUUGGAGGCUCAAAAAUGUGUUUACAUAGUAUAGUAUAUCGAACAGGCAUUUAUUUUCAUAUUUUGAUAAUCUAUUCAAAUUAUUUUCAUGCAUGAUUUUAGAAUGUCUAUUUACGCAUGUAAUACAUAAAAAAAACUAUUUUAACAAUUUUGUUAUUGUUUCUGAUGAAAAUAAAUUUGUUUAAACCA